GAAAAAUAGAUAAUACAAAGUUUGCUUUUGUAUGAUUCUUAAACGACCAAAAGAUGAAGAAAUGGAGUGCAAUAGUCGUGAUAAUGAUGAUGGUGAUUGUUCUGGUGGCAGUAGAAGCAAAAGGGACUCAAAAAGAUUGGAUUCGCUGUUUUCGCAAGUGUUCAAAGCCUUGUGGCGACCACGAUGGUAAUUGCUUUGUACGUUGCAAAAUCAAAUGCGGUGGCCCAAACCCGCCUCAUGGCUCUUCUGGCCCUCCACAUAGUUCCUCAAGAAUCUCGCAUGAGACGACAUCUAGGGAAGUUUUCGGAAGAAGACUAUGAUAUAAUUAAAUUUCCGUAGAAGAUUU